AUGGCAGCUGCAGCAAGGAGCUCUGAACAUGGGUGAGUGAACUGUCUCAUUCUUUUUUAAAAAUAGGAUGGAUAGAAAACACACAUGCAAGAUAACAUAGCUGCUUUGUCACUGUUGCCACAAUACCUGAAUUCUUAGUUGCCUUGCUUUUUUUAUUUCAAGCCAAUCCUGCCCCCAUAUCCCCAAGUUCUCAGCCCAACAUCCCAUGAUCCCCAAACUGUAUGUGAUGCCAUGGAAACAGGACAUGAAGAACCAAGGUCUUGUGAUGAAGGUAGACUCCAGAGAGGGGAACAAACACACCUCACCCUCAGCGGUCACACUCAUUUGUUUGUUUUUUUGUGUUUGUGUCAGAACGCCACUCUGGCAGGAAUCCCUGUGGUUCCUCUGGAGGAGUCUUUGUGUCUCUUCGGUCGAGAGCGUCUGUGCCACUGUCAGGAUCCCUCACAGAGCCUUCUGUCUUCCUCCUCCUCCUCUUCCUCCUAUACUCUGCUCAGGCAGACAGGACUGACAGCUCAUCACUCCUCCCACUUCUCCAGGUAAGAAACCUAAGGUGCAGCAUUCAGGUCAAGUUAGGAAAGAGAAAAGUCAGUGCUUGAGAUGUUCCAGAUCUGAAUUAUUUCAGUUUACUGCUUUUAAAUGUGAUGAUCUGACACCUUCAGCACUUAACUUCAUGGCUGAGAAUGAAUCAGAUAUUUAAGUGAAAAAAGAAAAGCUGCAGUUCCCUGAGUGUCACAGCACAGCUUCGUAAAAAAACAUUUUGGUCUUUUAGCUAAUUUCUCUUCUCAUGACAGCUGUACAGGAUGAGGUUUUGUUCUCUUGGGUCACAGACAUACCUUCAUAGUACUGGUUUACCUGCAUACCAUCCCCUUAGUACUUGCCUUUGAGCUGUCUGUCAAACAAUAAAUCAUCAAAUUGUCUAAGUGUGUCUGUCUCUGUCAGCAUUCGGGUCUCUGCAACAUGAACUACCAUCCCAGACAUUCUUGUCUCUUCUCUCUUGGGUGAAAGUCUUUUGUGUAUUUUGCUCUAUCAUUCCCAAGCUUUUACCUUUCACUUGAUAUUUUAUCCACCUCCUUUAACCGCUAAAUACUUAAUCUUCCUUAAAAAAAAAAAAAAAAAGAGAGAAGAAAAAGAAGUCACCAGCCAGAACAACUGUACACUUCAAAGGUAGGUUUGGUAAUCUGAUGUUGGUCCACUUUUUGUUAUUCUUGUUCAAAUAAUCUUUAUGUUCCGAUGGCAAUCAGAACUUGAUGUGUUCUUUAAAAAGAGUGAAACAUUGCCGCUAUCUACAGCAGGAGUAAAACAGGGAAAACACCAACCAAUCACAUCGUGUGGGUCCCUGUGGUGAGACGCCUCCAUCUUGUUUUAUUUUGGCUGGACUUCCUGUGUUUCCUUGUUUGUCUGGUCUGGCUUCACUCUUUUCCAGAGCUUCCUCCCCUCCCCCGGCGCUGAGGCUGAGUACUAUUUUCAUGUUCAUUAACUCCUGUCUCCUCUGGUUUUUUCCUGCAGUGUCUCCAGCCCACACGACAGCCAGAACUUGAUGUGUUCUUUAAAAAGAGUGAAACAUUGCCGCUAUCUACAGCAGGAGUAAAACAGGGAAAACACCAACCAAUCACAUCGUGUGGGUCCCACAUUUUUAAACCAAUCAUAUUCCAUGCUUGCCUCCUGUGUGUACAUGUUGCCAAUGUGCACUGGCCCUGGGGCCAAUUCUACGAAGCAAGUUCAAACGGUCUUACGACGCUGGUUAUCAACCUCAUAAGUGGAUCCAGCUAUGAGCGCGUGCUCACAUGUAAGUCGGAGCCCGCCGCAUCUGACCAAUCGUGAACAGGGCGAAGAACCACAGACUUUACAAAUGAGGAGCAGGAGACCAUCAUGAGAAAGUAUGAAGAAUUCAAAUCUAUCAUAAACCUCAAAAGCAACACUGUCGCCGCUGCAAAAGCACGGAAGGAAUGCUGGCAGAAAAUUGCCGACAGUCUCAAUGCGUAAGUAUAGUGCACAAAAAAUCUUUGAUGCCAUUAUCACCCUGAAAUAGCACUGUUCAACAUGCGCUUUUAACUAAGGUGACCAGACAUGUCUAAUUCAUUUCCUCAUUUAACUCAUUGUUAUGGUGUGUUUGACCAUGGCUUAAAUUUACCCCGGAAUAUCCCUUUAACUUGUGGGGUUGGACCAAAGGCUGGUGAUGCUAGCUCUGCUGCCAUUCACACUCAGCAAGUCAAUUUAUCACAGAUUCUUUGUUUAGCCACAUUGCAUAAAUUAUGCUGAAUUUUGACUGUUUUCUGAGUUUCUUUUCAUGGAAUGAGUUGAUUGGUUGGAUGUCUAAUUCCUGAUGAUAACAAUAGUGAUAAAUAACAGUAAACAGAUAACUUUUUGUCUCCUGAAGGUGAUAAUGUCAAAUCUUUUUUCCCUCUGUUUUUCUGCAGGUAUAACAGCUCUGUGGUGACGACCAGGCAGCUCUACCAAACCUAA